GUGAUGCUCUGAUCGCAGGACUGCAGCAUCUUCACCCGGAGAACCAGCAGCAGAAGCGACUCUUUCUCCGCCUGCACCUCCCGCUCUCCGUGUUUCGGAACCCUCCGUCUCAUCCUCCAGGACCGGAUAAACACCACGAAUACCAACCAUCACGGAUUUUCCUUCGGGUUUUUUUUUGUAUCAUUUUAUAUCAACGUUUCCCUUUUGUCCUUCGGUUUUUGUCUUGAAUCUUGAGGAGCGCCACCAUCCUGCGAGCUUGACAGCGCGAUGACACACAUAUCCUAGUCCGACAUAUCUUCUCCUGCGCAGCAUCUUCUUCAGAAAAACAAAAACAGGCGCACGUCGCGAUUCAACGCGCAAUCACCGAAGCACGUAACGGCGACGCUGCGUAAACAGAUUACGCUAAAAGGGGGGGAUUUUCGCGCAAAAGCCAAGACCAGAAUCCGAGCUCGAAAAUGAUGGCCGGCGGAGCUGUACAGCAAAACGGGAUCUUCUCCAACCCUCACCAUCACAAUCAGCAGCCGCACAUGGAGUCCGACCCGCCGGACUCGCGCAAAAGACCCCUGGAGACGCCGACGGAGGCCAGCAGCACCAAGCGCACAAACACAGGAGUGGCCUUCCUGCAGCCCCUUUAUGAAACUGAAGGCAUUGUUUUCCCACAGCAAGAAACUGAGACUCAUGAGGAAGGCGAGUACUUCCUGAAGGUUUUGAUUCCCAGCUAUGCGGCCGGAUCCAUCAUCGGGAAAGGAGGUCAGACCAUCGUCCAGCUGCAGAAGGAGACCGGCGCCACCAUCAAACUGUCCAAAUCCAAAGACUUCUAUCCUGGAACGACAGAGCGUGUGUGUCUGGUCCAGGGCACGGUGGAAGCUUUGAACGGCGUCCACGACUUCAUCGCUGAGAAGGUGAGGGAGAUGCCACAGAGCAGCCAGAAGACAGAGCCAGUGAGCAUCCUGCAGCCGCAGACCACCGUCAACCCAGACCGCGUCAAACAGGCUAAGCUGAUCGUCCCAAACAGCACAGCUGGACUUAUCAUCGGCAAAGCUGGCGCGACAGUGAAGGCCGUAAUGGAGCAAUCCGGAGCCUGGGUCCAGCUCUCCCAAAAGCCAGAAGGCAUUAACCUGCAAGAACGGGUCGUCACCAUCAGUGGGGAACCGGAGCAGAACCGCAAAGCUGUGGAGAUCAUCGUCCAAAAGAUCCAGGAGGAUCCACAGAGCUCUUCCUGCCUCAACAUCUCCUACUCAAAUAUCACAGGCCCUGUGGCCAACUCUAACCCUACCGGCUCGCCCUACGCCAACUCGACCGAGGUCAUGCCAGCUGCCGCAGCCGCUGCAGCCGCCACAGCUUCUUCCCUCCUAGGCCAGGCUGGUCUCGCCGGAGUGGGCGCCUUCCCCACUACGAUGUCCAGCUUGUCUGGCAAUGACCUUCUUGCCAUCACUUCUGCCCUCAACACACUGGCCAGCUAUGGUUACAACACCAAUUCCCUUGGCCUUGGCCUAAACCCUGCUGCUGCCUCAGGAGUAUUAGCAGCAGUAGCAGCUAAUGCUAACCCUGCAGCAGCUGCUGCUGCCAACCUAUUGGCUUCCUACGCCAGUGAUGCUUCCACAAGUGCAGCUCAUCCCGCGGCCGGGCUCGGAGGCUUCUCCCUGGGAUCCCUUGCAGCAGCUACAGGAGCCAGCAAUGGCUACUUGAGUACAGCCUCACCGCUGGUGGCAUCCUCACUGCUGGCCACUGAGAAGCUUGCGGAAGGAGCCAAGGAAGUGGUGGAGAUUGCCGUGCCGGAGAACCUUGUGGGAGCCAUCCUAGGAAAGGGAGGCAAGACGCUAGUGGAGUACCAGGAGCUGACUGGUGCCCGGAUCCAGAUCUCCAAGAAAGGCGAGUUCAUCCCUGGAACUCGGAACAGGAAGGUUACCAUCACAGGCUCACAGGCUGCAACGCAGGCAGCACAGUACCUGAUCAGCCAGCGAAUCACGUACGAGCAGGGCGUUCGUGCCACCAACCCACAGAAGGUGGGCUAAGGCUGACAGCGGAUGAAAAAAAGAGGAGGAAAAGAGGGAAAAAUAUGUGUGGGAGCUUGGGGGAGGAGUGUAAAAUUCACAAAUGGAGAAUGGAGAGGAGAGCAAGAAUGUUCUGGAGAAUCGUCAGCAGCAUUUUUCUUCUGCGUGUUUUCAGUAUUAAAAAAAUGUUUUUGACGCGAAGCAAAUUUGUGCUGAGGUGAAGAGGAGGAAGAGGAGUUAUCACGCUGAAAAACCAAGAAAAACGUGUAAAAUGUAAAUAAGGUUUUAUUACUUAAUGUCUCAAUCUUUCAGAAUUUUUUAUUCUUUGUUUUGUUUUGCUCGAUUUUGUUGUUUUGUUUGGUAAAUUAAGAUGUCUGUUUGUUUCUCGUGUCGUGUGGACAAAGCUGAAUGCGGCAUUGACUGGCCGAUGGCCUGAUAGGCUACAGGAAAUUCGGGAAAGGGAGGGGAGGGUCAGGGGUUGGUGGCGCCAUUUGCAGGGUAGAACCCACCACUUGCCCAUCCUCAAAAUUUGGGAUAUGAAAACAACUCUAGCCCCUCCCUUCCCCUGCGCCCACACCCUUGAAUAAGGUUUUUUAAAUCUGUAUUAUGCAUCUGCCCUAAAAUCGCCCCACUCUUUCUGCCCAACCACCUUUUACACGGGUCUUAUGAUGGGCUGCAAACUGAGGGAGGAAUUGCCCUUCAUCUGCCUAUGACAUCACAUCCGCUUUCUGCAGCAGAUAUGAGAAAGCAAAAAGGAUGUUUUACGUGCAUCUGAGGGCAUUUCCUCACUCACACACUACACAUCGACCACUAGCAGCGCCACCGGGGCUCUGCCCUUAAAGUGUCUCUAGUUUUUGCGUUCGAUAGCCGAGCCGUAACCUCACUAAGCGUGAACUAGAAUGACUAAAAGUUGCAGUAAAUGCUCUGUCGUGAUAUUUCCACUCAUGAUCGCGACAACAGGAAUCAUUAUUUAUUAAUGAGGUCAACCUUGAAAAUCUUUGUCUAUUUGUUUCUGUUUUCUUUUUUUUUUGUAAUUUCAGGUUGACAUGAAUGUAAAUGACUAUUUUCUGAUUUAAUUUAAAUGAAUUGAAGUUGAAUAGUAUAUGUCACAUAAUGUAAUAUAUGUCUUAUUUAAGUCCAGUUCGAAAACAGCUACACACAUCAUCCAUCUAAACUAAUAUUCUCAUAUCAAAUUUAAAGUACUUUAGGUUGGAAUCAGCGUUAGAGCAAGCGUGUUCAUGUCAACCGUACACUGCACGACUUUCAGUCCUGUGGGUCACAUUGAAACCUUGUUGUCAUGAAAGCACAGGUUUCAUUCACUAGAGGAGGUCAGGGAGAGUUUUUUCAUGGGAAUAAGCCAAUAAGUAUGAACACAUUCGCAUUGUUGCUACUAUGGUACUGAGAUGGCUUUUUUGGGGGUAUGAUGACUGUGACCUCAAAACCAGCAUGUUAGGGUGAGAGCACUGGCUAGGUGGACAGAUUUGAUAUGCAAUUUCUUUUUGAAAUUAGGAAAGUAUUUUGCUAUCUUAACAGCACCGAUGUAACCAAAAGAGAGCUUAUCCCAAAGACAGAGCUUUCAAUCCAGUGGGAGGCGUCGGACACUUUGGUAUUGGCCACUUCAAAUCCAAGAAAAACUUUGACUAGGGUUGGGCAUUUGUGUUAGCUAUAACUACAGUGUUGUUAAAAAGCUUGUGCAGUGUACGGGGAGCCCCAUGAACACACUUUGCUGUAGGAAAAAUUAGACUGCAAUUGGAUGCGUUCAAGCGCUCGGAUGCAGCUUUGAAUUAGCCACAAGCUAAAUACUACUGAGAAACCGGAAGCCGCAGGAGGAGGGUCGCCUCUUGAUAGUUAGCAUAUCAUAAUGACUGACCUCUUCAAGACCCAUAUCGAACCGUCCGACUGCGAAAGCGCAGGUGAUAUAUAUAUAUAUAUGAAUACCGGUCCAGGGAGGUGGUGUCCGAAACCCAUUAGCUGCAGGUUCACUGCCCACUGUAGAUCGACAAGGCUGCUGAAAAUGUUCCUUUUAUUGUAAUUUCUUUGUGUCGUGCUAUUAUGAUUUUUUUUUUAUAUAUAUAAUCGGAGUACACUGAACUUUAUUUUGUCUUAAUGCACUGUGAAGGGAGGGAGUUGCUCUCCUGGCCUGAGAGGUCGGGGGCCAUCGAUUGUGAUUGGAGGGGGUUUUGUAUGGCAGGGACUCAAAACUUCAAACAUAUAUGAAAUAUAUGUAGAAUGCAUAUGAAGAACUUGACCGGAGAUGCAUAUCUAAAUAUGGAAAGAGAAAGAGACUAGAUCAAUCAUGUCACGUCAACAGGGAUUCCUGAUGUCUAGAUAUUGGAGGGCGGGAUGUUGGGGAGCGUCAGGUGUCCAGUCCUCAGUGAAUUUGUCUGGACCAAAUUCCAAAUUGCAACUGCGGUUUUGUCGACAACACGAACAUGUCAUGACAGAAUGUUAAACAAAAUGCCUAAAAUGAGGAGGGGUGCAUUUGAUUUGUAGCUCUAAGCAGCCUGGUGCGGGGAGCACAACUCCUCCAGUGCUCUUUUGAAACCAAUCCGACCCCAAAGUCCUCCAGUGUGCUAUACUAUGUGUCACUCUCUGUUGGAGCGCCAGUGAGGGUUUAUCUCCAGAGCUUGGUAAGGAGGCUUCUUUACUCCCAUCUAACACCAUCCACACUCUCCUCAACCUCCCCUCCCACCCGUCCUCAGUCCGCCAGUGCACUCCCAUCCCGACACCGCCUCUCCUCCAACCACAUCGCUCCAUGGGUGACUAUGUCUGGUGUUACGAUCAAUGCAUGUCUGCUGCUUGCACCGGCCGGUUUCUCUUGGCUGGCUCAGGGAAGUCCUGAUGGGUCACCCCUGAAGGUUUUGUGUCCUCCAGGACCGAGGAAGUCGUAGUUGAGGCCGGCAGGGCGUAGUGAACAAACGCUCUUGACUUGAAGUGAGUUUAUGUCAUUUUCAAAGGAGAAUAUCUGCAUAUCUAGAGGGCAGGCUUUGUCACUGAGCUGGGUUUUGACUGGAUCUCUGUCCAUUUUCUUGAUUUCACAUGGAGCAUGCUUCGCUGAAGAACACGGCAGUACUGCGUUUAUGGUGGCUUUGGCCAGCGUUGUGACACUUUCAGGUCACAAGUCACACAUUAAAAAUGAAUUCAAUCAAGUUGUUUUAGAUGAAAAAAUAAAUCUAAAGUUUUCAAUAGUUACUGAUGAUGAAUUGUUUGACCGAGUCACUACUAACUUUGUCCAAGUCUGAUCAGUUAAAACGUUUGCUGAAGACAGUUUUUGGAGAAAACCAUGGCAGCAGAAGUGCUAAAUCUUGUAGUUUGAUCGCUGCUCUGGGAAAUCUGAGGCUCCAAACAGUCAAAGAAACACCCAACCACUAGAUGUCACUGGCGCCGACACACUUUGGUGUGGUGCAGCCAAAUUGUAAACCGCAGCUUUGUCGUGGUCGCAGCGAGCAGACUCUUUCAGCUGUCAGUUCGGUCGAAACGCAGGUUUGAUUUUCAUCUCAUCAUUUUAAACUUCUGGCAUUUUCUUCUACUCGGAGGCUGAUCUCAUCUGUUGUGUUCUAUAAAUGUGACAAAGUAUUGGAAGCAAUACACUUAGUGGCACGUGGUUUUGCCCUUGAUCCUGUUGGCCGUAGACGCUCUUAGAUUGUAGUCGUAGAAAUAAGGUUUGGCGGAGGAUUUAAUUUGUUUUUAAUGUGAGGAAAUGCUGCUAAUAAAUUACAACUGAUGUAUUAAAAUAAGUAAAAACAUAUCGAAUCUGUCCUUUAGCUGAAGAGGCCAGCGGCAGUUUAAUACUCGCUCGGUUGUAACCUGAACAAGUUUGUGCCAAAAUAGGUCUUUCAUGCUGUAAAUGUGUUGAGUCAACAAUAGCCGAGAGCAUACCUACUUUUAUAUUUCAAAAAAAAAAUGUGAAAAGUGCCAAAUGAACCAUAUUUAUGAUUUAAAUGGUCCCGUCGAGACUUUACGAGAGCAGUUACAGCACCUCAGUGUAACCGUCUGUUCAUGUUCCUGUCGGAAGGAACCGCCAUGUUAGUGUUAGCUCUGGAACUACGCCUCCCAGAAUGCACUACCACUCCAGGGCGCUAGACUGAUUUAACAUAGCGAUAGCAUUAGCAUUAUAAUGCAACAAAAAUGUGACUAGAUAGCGUUCAUAAAUACAGCCUUUUAUAGUAACGAUAAAAUGUAUUUUGUGGAACUAGAUGUUAUCUUUUUUUGCACGUAUCUAUUGCAUGAUAAAGUGAAUCACGGACAAAAAAAAACAAAUAUAUGUGUCGUUCAUUUUCAAAAAGACAAAUCUUCGCAUGCUAUCGGAGGUCGAGCAUUUUUAUAUUGUUUAUCGCACAUUGUUUCUUAUUUUGAACUAACCACGAGUUAUAAGCCCUCUGUGGGAUUUGAACAAACUUCUUGAACAAAACUAUUUUGCUACUAGCGAAAAAAAAAGGAAAAAAAAGGCUUCAAAAACAAAUACGGAGAUUGUCCAUGAAUGUACUCACAUGCAUCAUAUCACAACCUCUGCUCAUUGGAUUCCCCCUCUGGAGGCUUGUUUUCUAACAUUACUAACCCUGGUGCUGUGUUCAGCUCUUGGUAGAAUAUCUGUCUCCUUCUAGCACCGCCCCUGUCCCCCCGCAUCCUCAGCCCGGCUUGUCCUGAUUGUGUCUGCAGACACUCUUCGAUUGCUCUCAGCUGGGGCUAGUGGGACUUCCAGAAGUGGCCAGACAGUCUCUUGAAAGGCUGCACAUAGUCAAUUCAUUCACAGUGGUUGAGCAUUCGGACUUGACCAUCAAUAUACCGAUACAUUUUCCAGAGAGUUGGUUCUCCAGCUCAAAUCCAGCUGCAGGACAGGCCGCGCUGGGGCGGGGGUCCGUGUGUGAGACCACUGUAAAUAUUAAUAAUGUAGGUGUUUCUUCACGGCAGUGAAUCUCAAUGUGCAUGCCUCUUCCUCUGUGUCUCUCCGUAGCGUGGUGUCGCGACAUAGCCGGCUUCCGUAUGACGAUAUUUUCAUGACGCAAACAUGAUUUGAUAUUGAUUUGCUUCUCUUUGCUACAUCCACACUUGGCGGCUACUGUUAGACACGUGUAAGACCAAACUCAAUUCUGAUUUAUUUUUAUCCUUUCAGAGAAAACAUCUGUGUAGUAUUAAUUCACGAAUGAGUGCUCACCUGGCAAUGGUGGGUUUACGAUCUCUGCCGAGCUGAAAAUACUCCCCUCCAUUUAUUCUAGACUGAGUCUUGUUUACGUUGUAGUGUGGAUGGAGCAACAGUGGGUGUUUUGCUAUUUCCUGUCCUCCCUUCCACCCCACAUCCCUGACUUAUAUCUGUCUAAGAAGUCCAACGGGAUAUCCUUGUUUCACACUCCCCUGAACUCGGGGCCCCAUCGAAGCACCAGCAAGCCUACUGCAUCUGUCAUAUCACUGUUCCUCCGCUCCCUCUUCCUCCUGUUUUUUUUUUUUAUUAUUUGUACUGUACUCUCUGUCUAACCUAGAGUUUAAACUAAAUGCCAUUUGUGUGUGUAGCCUGUUUACCGCUCCCCGCCUCCACACACACACACACUUCCAUGACCUCUUUUUUGCACUUUCCACUGCCCACUCCUGCUCCUCGCCUAAACACAUAUACACCUCCGAAAAACCUCUUCUCUCGAGUGCCAAAAUAGGACAGAGGGGGAAACAAACAAGAACAACAACAACAAAAACAACCAUUCCAAGCCUUUCUUUGCGUUUGUGUGUCGGACAUUCAUCCUGGAAGCACCCAUGAAGCCAGCAUGCUCCGCCCUCAUAACAUGAUGUCAUGAUGCCUCCAAUGAACAGCACCUUGCCCUCUACCACCACCUCCUCUUCCUCCUCCUCCUCCUCCUCACCACCCCGACCAGGAUUAACCUUCUGCAGGUUGGCUACCUACCUACUGUCCCGCCUUUAAACAAAAAAACAAAAAAAAGCCCCACCGCUCAUGCCAGCUGCUUUUUCUAAUUCUGUCAUCUCUUCAGCCUGUGGAACGUCAUUGAUCGUGUGCCAUAGUGUUGGGGGCACCUUUCACUCUCCGCACAUCCCCCGUCUCUCUCCUUGUCUUUAUUAUGUCUCUAUCUACCCCGCCUCUCUUUCUCUUACGCCAUUUGAUUUAUCUUGAUGGGAAAGAUUCAAAAACUCCAUUUUCUAAUGAUGAUUUUGGUUCUUUUUUUGUCGUUUAACAUCCAAACCACGCACGCCCACACCGCGGUGUGGAGAGUGUUGACGCACCGUCAGCUGCGCAGCCAUCCUCUGUCCUCUUGAACUUUUUUGAACUUUCACCUCCCCUCAUGAACUUUAUUGACCUUCCUCCUCCUCCCACUUCGUCUGUGUUCAUCCAACUGUUUGGACGAUAACUCUCCAUUCCAUCCCCUCAAAAAAAAAAAAAAAAACCUCUGAGACUGUGCAAUGCUCGCUGAUAUGAUUGGAUUUUUCUUUUUGUUUGUUUGUUUGUUGCUCAUCUUUGGGGGGACAAUUCUCUGAAAUAUUAAAAAAGAAAGAAAAAAAAACUUAUGAAAGGGAUUUAAGAAUAAAAUAUUAAAAAAGUGAAUUGCAGACAAACAAAAAAGAAAAAAAUGUUUCCUCACGGUUUAUUUUUGUUUUUUUCACUCAUUGUAAAUAUUCUUGUCCGAUAUCUUUUUUUCUAAUUUUGCCGAGCUGUAUCAAGCAUGAGUGUUGAGCAGAAUGGGGCCGGCAGCAUAAAAAAAAAAAAAAAAUAGUGGAGGCAUCAUCUCACCCUUUGAUAGUUGGCGCUUGCCUGUGUGCUCGGCUAGAUCUACUGUAUUAACCUGUGCUGUCGUUGGUGUUGAUUUACCUGCUGUACUCGCUGUUUAGCUUCCAGCUUUAGAUCAAAUUCCUCGAGCCAUUCUCGUGUGUGUUCUUUUGUACAUUGAUUGUAUUUCCUAACAGUUGUAGUGGCGCUCGUAGCUUUCAUCAUCAAGCCAUGUUAGAAACAUAUCAUUGAAACUGGCUCGACCCCGACUGAAGGAGGAAGCUGAGCUGCUAACUUUUGUGCAAUACAGUCCUAGUUUACGUGGAGUUUUAGCGCAUCCUGUCACCUGUCUCCAUACACCCCUCAACAUCAGACACCUUGAAAAUGUAUUGAAUGAUGAAAAAAGAAAAGAAAAAAAAGACAAAUUUUCAUCCACUUUUCGUUUAUGCUGCCCGCCCCAUUUCCCUUAGGAACACCACAUGAUCUAUUUAUUUCUCAGACUAUUAUGAUGAUGAUACUAUUAGAAAAUAACGCGGAAAAAAAGGGAACGACUGGAAAAAAGGUGAAUUAAUAUUAUUGUUUUGAUUUUCUUUUUUAGUAUUUUAGUGGUUGCUUUUAACAACAUUCAUUAACUGAUCUCAAGAGUAUUGAAUAUUUAAUGUAACUGUAGCAUUGUGUUUGUAAAGAUAAAAAAAAACUAGUGAGUUGUGUUUCUUGACUUGUGGAUUACCAGUGAAGUGGGCAAUCUAGUGCUAAUAUAUAUAUGAGGUCUUUUUUAAGGAUUCUUAUUUUGCAACAGCAACAGCAGUCAUUAUAAAUGUUCAUUUUAGCAUCACCUGUCUUCUGUUGUCUUAUUCUUCACCUUCCACCACACUCUGCAUCAUCACAGUAACACAUCAACAAGUCUGGGGGUGGGCGAGCGCACGUGUGUGUGUGAGUAAAUUAAACGUGUGUGAGGAUUUGUAUGUUCUGUGUGUGUGUGCGAGAGAGAGAGCGAGAGAAAGAGAGGGUCGGGGGGGUGGGUGUUCUGUCCAGUGUCCACCAAAAGCUAAAACCUGUCGGGCUUCCAUGCUUCUCAGAUGGAACCCCCUGACGUUAUAGCUGCAAACCUCCAUCAUGUGAGCUGACUCAACUCAACUUGUCCAUAACCCCUCCAGUCACCUGACCAGUCAAGUCAACCAAUCACUGUCCACCACUACCGCCUCCCCUGCGCCAUCUUCUGCUGCACACCACGUCAGCCCCAUGUGAUGUUCUCCAUCGAUAACAUUUUACUGUCACAAUCUACAAUUACAUGCCGGCAGAUCUGGGGACCAAUACUGAAAUAUAUUUAGGAAUAAUAAUAUGAAACUGGUACGGCUGUAGCUCAUUAUAAUUCCAUGAAGAUGCAAAACUCACAUUCCUUGUCGGCUGUUUUAAAAGGAUUCAAUUGUCAUGUAAGAGUAGGUCCGAGUUACGGGAAGAAACUAGAGCAGAAAUCUGGUGUAGCAUUAAUAAAAUCUUUGCGGAUGAUGGAAAAAAACAAGCGAUAAUCCAGAUUGAAUUCCUUGUAGUUAAUGCAUCUUUUGAGUCAUAUAACCUGUUAUUCCGGUUGCAAGCAUGUAGAUGACUAGUGUGCGAGCCCAACAUUUUAAACAAAACUUCCUCUCAGACGGGACACAGGCUCCACGUUUGAAUCCUCGUGUUUGAACCCAGCGUAUUAGUCCCCAGAGCUGCAUAUGACAUUUUACUGUUCAUACUACUGUACGUGCUGCAUACUACCAGGUCAAAAUCCACCUUAACCUGUCUCCAUGCCAACCACAGAGGAGCCAGUUGCAUGGCAACCAGCUUCCGCCACAACAACCUACCAACCAAUCAUCUUCCUCAGCUGCCAAGGCCACGCCCACCUGGUUGUUUCAAUAGAAGACAAAGGUAGAGGAUGGAGGGAGGAUAGGAAGAAGAAAUGAAAGAUGAGAGGAGCAUAGUUUUGAUUCUCAGGGUGUCUUAUUUAGAAUUGUUAGGUCUGUUCUCCAGUCUGGUGUCCUGUCGCCCCCCGAAAAACUGAGCCCAAAGACGAUCAUAUCCUUCCUGGAAUUGAAGAGACAAAUCCUUGUCCGGUCGAUUGGCUUACGACCAAUUCAUCUCGAUCACUUUAUUGACACUAUUGAUUGACCAAUUCUCUCGAGACGCUACAGAGCCAGCCAGGUGAAUAAAGCUAGGUACUAAUGUUUACAACCCAAACGAGACCAACAACGCUGUUGAAAGAAUGUCCAGGACAAAGAAAAAAAAGAAAAAAGAGUACUUAUUUCUAAAAGUGAUGGAACUUUUCGCUUACUUUCUCUGUGACAUGAGGUAAUGUAAUUUCUUUCAAUCAUUGCAUGUGACUAUUUUUGAUUUGCAAUGAAACUUGUUAGAAUGGAUGGUACAUUUGUGACGUCAGUGCAACGUUGAGAUGCCGAUGCUCGAAUUCAAUGUCGGUGUCUUUUUUAUCCGUGUUUUCAUGUCGACGUGAGGAGUGCUUAUGGACCAAUGAAUGCUACAUGUGUGACCAUACAAAGCUGUAAAGUUUUGUUUAUUUGUACAUGGUUAUGGGUAAAAUAAACCAUUGAAGCAAA